UCGAUUAUCUUCGGUUUGAAAUGUCGGUUUAUAACACAUCACUAAUGUCACCUUGCAAAGGUCAAAUUGGUCAAAAAAGUUAUCGGGAAGCAGCAAGUGUAGGAGUGUGAUCUUAGGAAUUCUUGCAUUUAUUAUAUAAAAAACCUUUGAAUUUCUACAGGUACACUUUUGUCACUAAACAAACAAAAUGCCGAUCAAGUCUAUCAAAGCUCGCCAGAUCUUCGACUCCCGUGGUAACCCCACCGUCGAGGUUGAUUUGGUAACUGAGUUGGGACUUUUCCGUGCUGCUGUGCCGUCUGGAGCCUCCACUGGAGUGCAUGAGGCCCUCGAACUCCGUGACAAUGUCAAGGCGGAGUACCACGGCAAGGGAGUCCUCACCGCAGUAAAGAACAUCAAUGACAGCAUCGCUCCCGAGCUGCUCAGUGCCAACAUUGAAGUCACAGAGCAGAAGCAGAUUGAUGAUCUCAUGCUGAAGUUGGAUGGCACCGAGAACAAAUCAAAGUUGGGUGCCAACGCCAUCCUUGGAGUGUCCCUGGCUGUGGCCAAGGCUGGUGCUGCCAAGAAGGGAGUUCCCUUGUACAAGCACCUGGCUGACUUGGCAGGAAAUGCAGAGAUUGUCCUCCCGGUGCCCGCCUUCAACGUCAUCAACGGAGGCUCCCACGCCGGCAACAAGCUGGCCAUGCAGGAGUUCAUGAUCCUGCCUACUGGUGCCACCACCUUCAGCGAAGCCAUGCGCAUGGGCACAGAGGUGUACCACCACCUCAAGAACAUCAUCAAGAAAAAGUUUGGUCUGGACUCCACGGCCGUCGGGGACGAGGGUGGCUUCGCGCCCAACAUCCAGAACAACAAGGAGGCCCUGUUCCUCAUCCAGGACGCCAUUGAGCAGGCUGGGUACACUGGCAAGAUCGAGAUCGGCAUGGACGUGGCCGCGUCCGAGUUCUUCAAGAACAACACGUACGACCUCGACUUCAAGAACCCCGCCUCUGUUCCCGCCGACUACCUCUCCUCGGACAAGCUCGGAGAGAUGUACCUCGAGUUCAUCAAGGACUUCCCCAUGGUGUCCAUCGAGGACCCCUUCGACCAGGACGACUGGGCCGCCUGGUCCAAGCUCACCGCCAGCACGCCCAUACAGAUCGUCGGCGAUGACCUCACUGUGACCAACCCCAAGCGCAUCGCCACAGCGGUGGAGAAGGCGGCGUGCAACUGCCUGCUGCUGAAGGUGAACCAGAUCGGCUCCGUGACCGAGUCCAUCGACGCGCACCUGCUGGCCAAGAAGAAUGGCUGGGGCACCAUGGUCUCACACAGGUCCGGUGAAACCGAGGACACGUUCAUCGCGGACCUGGUGGUGGGUCUCUCCACGGGGCAGAUCAAGACGGGCGCGCCGUGCCGCUCCGAGCGCCUGGCCAAGUACAACCAGAUCCUGCGCAUUGAGGAGGAGCUGGGCGCCGCCGCCAAGUACGCCGGCAAGAACUUCCGCCGGCCCGUCUAGAGACACACCCCGUCGUAGUUCGUUUGUUUCUCCUUUGUACUGGUUGGCCAAUCACGCGUGAGAUACAGUUAAUUCUUAUCCGUGAUUGGCUCAGGUAGCUUUGGCCAAUCACGUGCAACUGCUCUGUGGAAAUAAACGAACUAUAGGAGACUUGCACCUUAACUAUGAGAUUAGCUAGAUAAGGAUAAAUAAUCGUUACAUUCUCCAGAGUUACAGUCAAAGCAUGGUGCAAGUCCCCCUAAAUUAUAAAAGUAGUUAACCGUCUCAUGUAUCAAAGUGGUUCCAUUAACUGGAUAAUUUAAAGUAGAUGUAGUGGUUCACUGCUUCCGAAAGCUAUGUGUUAUUUGUAAUGUCUACCAUGGGUUAUUUAUAUUAUAUCAAAGUGGUAGUAACGAAUGUUGAUGUUUGGAAUUAUUUAUUUAAAAUUUAUGUAUUGUAUGUAAUGUUUGUAAUGAAUACUAUGUAUGCAAUACGCACGAUGUCUUGUGUACAAGAAUAUAAUUACAUUUAUAUGUAUAUUAAUAAAGAAAUUGGAGUUCUGUAAAGAAA